UAAUCGCUUUCGUUUUCGUUCGUUUUAGAAAGUAAAAGAAAAUGCUGAUUUUGAUCUGCGCUUGACUCGUUUGAUUCCAGGUUUGGCAGUUCUAAGUUGGUAGAGUUACAGAGAGAAAAAUAUGUUGAGUUCUGGGAAUAAUUUAAACCGAGGUAAUGUGGGCUUGUCAUCAGACAUGCCACCAUUGCCUCAGUGUUUUCCUUUGGAGCCAAUUUCAUUAGGCAGUCAGAAAUAUACUCGGUCUGGGGAAUUAAGCUGGGUGUUGGGUGUUCCUCUUCGAAGCAGUCCAUCAGGUGAUCAUUAUUUUGGAAUUUCACACCCUAAACCUUCCCCUCCAGUGGCGACAGAGGAGCUUAAGAACUUUAAAGAAAGUGUUCAAGAGACAACCAGAAAGGCCAGGGAUAGAGUAAAAAGGCUGCAAGAGUCAAUUUCUAAACUGGAUAGGUAUAAGGAAGCUUUAAGUUCAAAGAAGCGACAGCGAAGUGAUAUUUCAAGUGAGAGAACUAGUGGAGUGAAUAUUACAAAGAUGGGAAGCCAGAUGCAUAGAAAUGGCCUUGACUUAAUGACUCAAAGAUUGGAGGAUGGGCCAAAGAGUAUGGGGCUCAACAAUCGUGUUCGCACAUCAGUGGCUGAUUUAAGGGCUGGUAAGAGAAUUGCCAUGAAUCCAAGGCAACAGGGGACAAUAGAAAAGGGUGGUGAUGUGCUUUCAGCUGGUAAUGGUGGUUCUGCCCGAAUGGAAGGAAAGAUCCGCAGAUUGCCAGGUGAAGGAUGGGAGACAAAGAUGAAAAGGAAACGAUCUGUUGCAACUGUAGGAAAUAGAGUUGCUGGGGGUGACCAAGAUAAAAAACGAGUUAUGCAACCAAAGCUGAGUUCUGAAUCAAAGUUGCGAUCAUGUGAUAUACAGGGUUUCAGAUCAAAAUCUUCCCCAGGAGUUAGUGGAAUUAGGAAGUCAGAUGGUUCUUUUGAAGCGGCUGGUUCAGAUGCCAGCACAGUGCUUAGGAAAGAAUUGGAGAGUACCUCUAUUCCUCGGGAUCGUGCAGCUAUGUUGGAGCAGAGGGUUGUAAAAGCAAAUAAUAAGGCGACUUUCCAGGAUGACAAUCAGGCUAGUGGCCCAAGUACAAUGCUAAAGGAAAGGUUUCUGGGGCACCACGAACUGGUUCCAUCAUGGUGUUAGACUCAU